AUCAUUUAAGAGAAACAGGCAGAGAGAAGAGAGCUUUAUUUGCUUCGCUGAAGAGGAGCACAGAGCAGCUAACCAAAGUAGCCAGGGAAAAGACUGUCAAAGGCUCUGGAGACAGCGGGCAUCCCUGGAUUUUCCCCUCUCCAGAUAAAGAAAUCACAGAUGCGGAAGACACGAAGUUAUUUUUCCAAUUGACGGCGGGGGAGAAGCAUCCCUCCCCCUCUGGUCUCCGCGCUUGGGCACAGGCGAAUCAAGAGCCAGAGGGAACAGCAGCAGCAGCAGCAGGGACCGCGGCGGCGCCGCAAGUAGCUCCGCUACCUGGGAGAGCGCCUGCCUCUCCAAGCAGCUUCCAGCGGUGCCUCCAGCUGUGGCUCCAGAGGCGCCUAGGUCCGCCGCGGGGAAAUGGGCGAGGAGGAGGGACGGGGGCAGCUCUCCUCGCUGGGGGCCCUUUGGGGGACCGCUGGUUUAGGCUGAGCCCUGCCCCCUUUCCCCUCCCGCCCUCGCGUUCCCGCCCUCCCCCCCAUCCAAGUCUGUGGUGCGUCUGAGUCUCAGACCGGACUGGUCUCUUUUAAAGAGAGGGGCGGCGUGGCGUGAGGUUCAUCUGAGGGAAAGGGGCGCACUGCUUGGGACCGGUUCAGUAUAUCUACUCACCAUGCGGGAUCUGGCCAUCGAGAUCGGGGUUCGAGUACUCCUCUUUGGAGUCUUUGUGUUUACAGAGUUUUUGGACCCAUUUCAGAGAGUCAUCCAGCCAGAAGAAAUAUGGCUCUACAAAAAUCCAUUGGUGCAGUCAGAUAAUAUACCAACGCGCCUCAUGUUUGCAAUCUCUUUUCUCACACCACUGGCAGUCAUUUUUGUGGUGAAAAUCAUCCGGAGAACUGAUAAGACUGAAAUUAAAGAGGCCUUUUUAGCGGUUUCCUUGGCUCUAGCUCUGAAUGGAGUCUGCACAAAUACUAUUAAAUUAAUAGUUGGAAGACCUCGUCCCGAUUUCUUUUACCGCUGCUUUCCAGAUGGAGUAAUGAACUCUGAAAUGCACUGCACAGGUGAUCCUGAUCUGGUGUCUGAGGGCCGAAAGAGCUUUCCCAGCAUCCACUCUUCCUUUGCAUUUUCGGGCCUGGGCUUUACAACCUUCUACUUAGCUGGGAAGUUGCACUGUUUCACAGAGAAUGGGCGUGGGAAAAGCUGGCGACUCUGUGCAGCGAUUCUGCCUCUGUAUUGUGCCAUGAUGAUCGCCCUGUCACGCAUGUGUGAUUACAAGCAUCACUGGCAAGAUUCUUUCGUUGGUGGAGUAAUUGGCCUCAUUUUCGCUUAUGUUUGCUACAGACAGCACUAUCCUCCUUUGGCUAACACAGCUUGCCAUAAACCUUAUGUCAGUCUUCGAAUUCCGAGCUCUCUGAAGAAAGAGGAAAGACCUACUGCUGAUAAUGCUUCUGGGAUGCCACUUGAGGGAAUAACAGAAGGACCAGUAUGACUAUUGCACAGGCACAUUGAGACAUUUUAACUCUGGUCAUAUCCUCUAUCUUUCCCCUUCAUAAUAUCAUAGAAGAGAUUUCUUAUAGUUUGUUUUUCCUCUGUUGUUUUCUAAAGUUAUCCUUUGAGUGAUCUCCUUGCUUCCAUUUUGAAUUUGGAGUAUUCACUGUUUGUUUGAGAUAUCUAUUAUCAAUUUAUUUGAGUUGGCAAAGAAAAACUAAAAAAUUGUGGGUGUUAAAGGGAGGAAAAAUCAAGCAAAUCAACAACAACAACAAAAAACCUGGUUCAGGUGUUAAAGUAAGUAUCCAAAUGUGACUUUGGUAUCAGCUUCAUUUGGUCAACUCCUUUCUCUAAAAUGUUAGAUGUAAUGUAAUGACAACAUUAUUGUGUUUUCACACUUGUAAAACAAUAAAAUCUCCACCUGAAAUAUUUUGUGCUCAUCCUCCCAUUUGGCAGCACUCUUCUGAAUUAACAAGGACAGCAUCAUACUUUAUUGAGGCCUGACUAUUCCACCCCUGGCAUGAAUCCCAUUUUGUCUAUCAGUAGUCUGGAUAACUAUUCUAGCAUGGGAACCCUUGGAAGGUUUCUGAGUCAUCAGAUUGUCACAGCAUCUGUCUCUCAGAUGGGCCAGAAGAUAUUUGCUUUGGCCUCAGCAUUUUCAGGGCUCUUUGAGCCAUUAACUUCAGAAGAGACUAUUAGGGUAUAACUUCAAGAGCAGAUCACCAGGUGCAAUAAAAAAAAGAAAGUAUGGGCUAAUGAUGGGGGAGGAAGAACUUGUUUUCUAGGGCUGCUGGUUUUUCAGAAUUUUUCCUCUAAUAAUCUGAUUCCUGAAAUGUCUUGUUUAAUAGGUGAAGACCUCAAUAACUGAGGUCACAGUUUCCCAUAACCAUUUUUAGGAAUUGCUGAUUUGUUCAACCAUGAUGAACACAAUAAUAUGAUGCCCUGUCGUCCAUUUUACUGAAUAAGAAACAGAGCCUUAACAUAGAACUGAAGCAGGAGCUCAAGGUCACCAAAAAUGAAUGAAGUGAGUCUGUAAUACCCUGCCUUGGAAUUCUGAGUUCUCUGUGAUGCUCUAUGCUUUUUCAAAUAUAAGAGACCCCUGAUGGGAAAACUAGUUCUGUUUCCUCCUCAGUAAGAAGGGGGUCAGUGGAAUGAUAAUAAUUAAAGUAUCAGCUUAAGAGAAGCAUUUGGAUUCUUCCAUUCCCUUUUUUUACUUUUCAAGUUGUCUAGACACAGCAGGUCCAUGGAGUAAAAUGUUAAUCCUCAACUAAUGUUUUUCAUUAAGAUGUACUAUUCCAUUCAGCUAAGCAUAUUUGGGGGUAUAUCAUGUGGCCCUCCCAAACCAGGAAAUUUCAGUGAAAUCAUUAAUGCCCAAAGGAAUGUCCCUUUCCAGCAGCUGGCUAAACAAUGUUUUCUAAAGACCAAAGUAGAUUUAUAAAUUGAUGCUUGACAGCAGGACAAACUCCUGUCUCAAUCAGUUGACUGGGGUAAUCAGUCAUGAUUAUUCUCCACUACCUUAUCUGGCAUUUAUAAUAACUAUUCUGCAUGGGCUGAACAAACCAUGACAGAGGAGAACAGUACUGCCAGUUACAAAUCCUAUUUCUUUUGCAGAUGCCUCAGAUCUGUAGCCAUGCAGUGAGAUGAGCAUUUCUCUCAGAGGGAGAAACUGUGUAAUUAAAUGACUUUGAUCUGAAAUCAGCCUAGUCAUUUCUUCAAAUAUUUUCUAUGUCACAGUUGAAAAGAAUUUUAGAAACCAAAAGAAAGGAGUUCAAAGAGCAAUUUAUUUAGGCCAACUGUCUAGAAAACUGAAAAACUAAGUAGACCUUCUGAUACAAUGUGAAGCAGAUUGAUGUUCUGGUUAAACAGUGGGCUGUAGGAUCAGGAAGAUAUAGAUUCAGGGUCUUUCUUGGAUACAUUCUGGCAAAGGAACUAUGGGGAAGUUAUUGUAACUUCUCAGUGGUCCCAGGUUACUCUAGAAGACUAAAAAUUACAGAUGAGUUGCUGAUUCCCAUUGAUGGAAGGAGUUUCAUCAUUGAGUAUUUUCUAGUCUAAUGAAAUACUUCCCUCUUCUCAGAAAAAUUUAAAAUUAUAUUGAAAUUUGAUGAAAAAAAGACAUUUAAUGUGAUUUUUCAAUUGAAUGUGACCAAAAGAACUUUCUUAAUAAAGAGCUUUGAAUCAAGGACCAUAAGGGCUUAGGUCUGGUGAACAGUGGCUCCUUAGCAGCGGUGCAAAAGAUUUACAGUACAAUUAAUGAGUGGAAUGUACAUGCAGCCUACUUAUAUUUAAGAGUGAAUGGUCAAAAAGUAUUCAAAAGCCAGCAAAGAAUCAAGGACUUUUAAUGGACAUCAUUAAAUGGAAAGUCUUCAAAAAGACCAUGUAAGAGUUUGAUUAAAGAGCAAUUAAAGUUACUAUGAGCAUAAUAACAGGAAACUUCAAGAAGGAUCAUUAAGAGCAAUCAUUACCAGCCCAAGCCAGCAUAGAAAAGGCAAAUUUGUGGCUCCAUGUAUUUUAAUUUCAUGCUCUAUUAAUGUGAAGGUAAUGUAAUGCUGUGUGCACCAAUAAAACAGCACAUGAAUGUG